UCAUUUCUCAUUGUAAGCUCACCAUGAGGUACAAUGAAAUUUCCCACUUCAGCCACCCUCAACACAAGCUCAAAUUCGAGUGCAAUGAAAUGCCAUUCAAGUGCGAUGGCUGCAAGGAAGCAGGAAUCGGGUCUCGUUACAAAUGUUCCAUCUGUGAUUUCGAUCUUCAUGCGCAUUGUGCUAUUCCUUCCCCUUCAAUCUAUCACCCUUUCUACACCAAAUGCUCCUUCCUCUUCCUUUCGCGGCCAGCGGGUGACAAGCCCCGCUACUGCAACGCCUGCGAGCGCGACGUCACCGGCUUUGUCUACCACUGCAAGUCGUGCGGGUUCGACCUCCAUCCCUGCUGCGCGAAGCUGCCGAUGGUGCUGGACGACGGCGAAGUGAAGCUGUAUUUGUAUAGGAAUGUGAGUUCGUCGUGUAACAAAUGUGGCCGCAAAGGGCGGAGCUGGAGUUACAGGUCGACUUGCAAGAAGUAUAAUUUGCAUGUGGCGUGUGUGAAGGAUAUGUUAGCUGAGAAUUGGCAGGAGGUGUAUUUUGGACGAGGGAAAAGCAGGACAAUGGAGAGUAGGAUUCCGAGUUUGAAGAAUAGUCAGCAGAUUCAGCACAAAAAGAGUAGAGGGAAGGUGCAGAAGUACUCCGAAAUUGCUGGUUUGGCUGUGCAGGUUGUGAUUUCAGCCGUGCUUGGAGAUCCAACUGCUCUUAUUGCCGGGGUUAUUGGGUCCUUGAUUUCGAGAGGAUGAUGGUAGAAGUAGAAUUUAGCGGAUGGCAGUUAAAAUAAUAAAGUAAAUUUUAUAUUAAAAUAAAAAAAAUAUUUGUAUUAAUAAAUCAUUGAUUAAUCAAUAUUUUUAUAAUUAUC